CUAUUCUUGCCAGCCCUGGAUUUUAAGAGUCUUCAAAGCAGCUGGAAAAAUUGAAGGAAAAAUAGGUCCCGGGUCCCGAUUACAACGUUACAACGCGAAUUAGCGAACUGUGCGGGCGUGUGUUGUGUGUGUGUGCGAGUGCGCGCGAGCAAGAGAAAAGUGAGCGAAAAGCCAAAAGAAACACAAAUUACACAAGUUGUAAAGCUGGAAAAAAACGAAGAAAUUCGCCAAGAGCCAGUAUUGAUUUUUCAUAGACACAGACACCUCCUUUCGCCGCCGCCGCCGCCGUUGCUGCUCUUCUCCUUCGCUGGCAAUUAAAAGACUUUAUUUGAUAACGGAAAGGAAAGGUGGAAAGCGGCAAGACAGGGGGGCCCAGGCAGUAGUUUUCCACGAUAAUCCCGACAACUCGACCCACUUCUGCAGGCGAAGAGAAGGAAGAAGGUGAAACAAGAACGGAAAGCGUCAGCCACCAAGCCACUUUUGCAUGCACAGUGGAUGUUUCAGUUUUCGGUUGCCUUUCGAUCAGAACCACAGCAAGCUAAGUAUUCAAAUUCAAGUAAAGCCCGCCCGAGAGCUCCGAUAUAGCCCCCUCCGUAUAUAUAUAUACGAUACGUACAUAUUUGAUAAAUAAAUAAUAUAAGAAGCAUGCCACAGUCCGAGGGCGGAUAUGUUUCGCUGCCGGCCGUAAACGGCAACGGCACCGCCAUCUACCAGUCGACCACAGAGCCCACGGCCCCGCCCUCCGUCUUCGAGAGCGUUAAGAGGGCCAUUGGCCAGGCCAUCAAGUCCUCUCCGGGCAGCGACGGCAGCGAGGAGCUGCUCCGCUCGGAGCGCCAGCCGGUCAUCGUUGGCGGCGCCAGAAUCUAUUUCAGAGACCGCGACAAAUCCGGUAAGACACUGACCACCAAGAUGCCGUCAGCUCCGACACACACUGCCGAGGAGGCACACCUGCUGGGCACCAUGCCCGUAGAUCCCAUGGACGAUAUCGAACUGCGCUCCGUGCAGCUGCAGUUCCCCAACGCCCGGGGCUCCAUCCUGGAGGCCUGCGAACAGCGCCGCGUGCCCACAGACAAGGGCGACGUCCAUGUGGCCAUACAGGGCGAUACGGCCAAGCCGGCCAUCGUCACCUACCACGAUCUGGGCCUCAACUAUGCCACCAGCUUCGCUGGCUUCUUCAACUUCCCGGUGAUGCGGGGCCUGCUGGAGAACUUUUGCGUUUACCAUGUGACCGCUCCUGGGCAGGAGGAAGGAGCCCCAACCUUGCCAGAAGAUUACACCUAUCCAAGCAUGGACGAACUGGCCGCCCAGUUGCUGUUCGUGCUCUCCCACUUUGGCCUGAAGUCGGUGAUUGGUUUCGGGGUCGGGGCCGGGGCGAAUAUUCUGGCCCGUUUCGCCCACGCCCAUCCGGACAAGGUGGGCGCCCUGUGCCUGAUCAACUGCGUCUCCACGCAGUCGGGCUGGAUCGAGUGGGGCUACCAGAGCUUCAACGCCCGCUUCUUGCGCACCAAGGGCAUGACACAGGGCGUCAUCGAUUACCUGAUGUGGCACCACUUCGGGCGCAAUCCCGAGGAGCGCAACCACGACCUGGUGCAGAUGUACAAGCAGCACUUCGAGCGCGGCGUCAAUCCGACCAAUCUGGCGAUGCUGAUCAACGCGUACAUUCAUCGCAACGACCUGCACCUGGCCCGCACUCCGCCAGGAACCCCCGGCACCGAAGCGGCGGCCACCACCCUGAAGAUGCCGGUGAUUAACAUCACGGGAUCGUUGUCGCCGCACGUUGAUGACACGGUCACCUUCAACGGUCGUCUGGACCCCACAAACUCAUCCUGGAUGAAGAUUUCCGAUUGCUCUUUGGUGCUGGAGGAGCAGCCGGCCAAGCUGGCCGAAGCCUUCCGGCUCUUCUUGCAGGGCGAGGGCUACGCAACACCGCUGUCAACGCCAGCGAGUUCGCCCUGUGGCACCAAGUACCACACCUACUCGUCGAUCUUCUUCGCCAACUUCCGGGAGCAGCAGCAGCAGGCGAUGGAGGAGCGCGAGCGGGAAAGGGAGCGGGAACGGGAUCGGCAGCGGCAGCUGAGCCUGCGGGUGGGCAACCGCCUGCGGGAGACGGCCAUCAACUGCACCGGCGGUGGCCAGGGCGACAAUAACAACGCCGAGGAUCAGGAGUUGGACGAGGAGCUGGACCUGGAGAACGGUAAUGGAUCCGGUAAUGGCAAUCGUGCCUAUGUGACCACGGAUACAUCCGGCACCCUGUACUACGGCACCCAGAGCAACAAGAUUCGGAUCACCGAGAACCCACUGCCCGAGCCGGUCAGCUCUUAGAUUGUUGCAGCCACAUAGCCCAAAGAGACACCUUGUUAUAAAUAUUGUUGUUACCACACACUGACGAAUAUAUAAAGCAGAAGCAGCAGCAUCAGCAGCCGCCGCCCGCAGCAGCAGCCAAGCCAAGUCAAGCCAAGCUUUCAGCCGUGCUCCAAGAGACACAACAAACAAUAAGACACACUGUACACCAUACACCAUACACCAUAUACCAUAAUACCACUGCUACUAGAAAUGAAUGCAAUAAUUAACCACCAAGAAUAUGAGAAUCCUUUGAUUGAUUGUGUUUUCCUAUGGUUUUCGAGAGACGCGGAGGAGAGAUAUUUGUAAUUUACACUUUGUGCCUGAGCGUAACGUAACGAACACAAAACAUAGUAUGAUAUAUCGAGCAGAGAUCGUAUCAGAUCAGCAGCAGACCCUUAGUUAUCUCUAUUGUCGGUAUUUUUUUGUCGAGUGCAACACAUAUUUUAUGACGAGCUUGCUUAGUUGUUGUGAAACGAUCGGAUAUACAAAGAUAUAUAUUUAAAUAUAUAUAUUCAGAUGUGUAUACAAAACACAACACGAAACCGAAACUCAAAGAUUACGAGCAUUUCUGCUUAAUGUUAAAAACCAACAAAAAAUCCAACUGUUAACUUAAUCCCAAAAGUAUAACGAAAUCUAAAAAAAAUGUAGCAUAUCAAAUAAUAACGAAAAAAUCUUUCAAAAUUACGUAUAUAAUUAUACACAGAGAAAAAUAUAUAAGAUGAGAACCUAGAUAAAUCGUAGACUAUUGCGAAUUGCGAAUAAUUCCAACCGAAAUUCAGUUCACAAUGAAUGGAAGAAUAAUUCCCUAGACACUGUCACACGACAAAAUAACACACACACACGAUAUGAAUAUAGAAUACAUACAUAUAUACUAUCUAUAAAUAAUGACAACUUUUUGCAAUAACUUCGAAUUCAAUUCAAUAAAAGUUUUAGAAGCUUGA